AUGGCGCAACAAAAGAUCCACGUGGCCGCGCUAGAUGCAGACAUACCCUGCCUAUCUGUAUACAAAGAGCGAGGUCUAUACAGCUCGCAAUUCCGAACAUUGCUGCAAAAUGCAGCCCAGCGGCUGAACGAAGCCACAGAUCAACCACAGAAUGGACCGAUAUCUGUGCAUGUUACAGCCUUUGACGCCGUAGGCGGAUCUUUGCCACCUCUCGAAACUCUACGAAACCACCAGUCAAACCCUCACGCCGGACCAGUAGGCCCUAUCGACGCGGUCCUAAUUACGGGCUCCGGGUUCUCAGCAUACGAGGACCUUCCCUGGAUCCAUCAACUGAAAUAUUUCAUCCAAACAGUCUACACGCACUACCCAGACGUGAAGAUCUUCGGCUCCUGCUUCGGACACCAGAUCAUAGCCCAAGCAUUACUUUCCAGCAAAGGUGUAACUCCAGAGUCAACAUACCACGUCGAGCACUCACCUACCGGAUAUGAAAUGGGCAUCCAGCCCAUAAUCCUCAACCCGGCGUUCACGGCGCUGUUCCCACCUCUAGCACGCGCGAACCCAUUCCGGAUCCAGCUCAUCCAUGGCGAUGUAGUUGUUCCUACGCCUGCAGCCCUUGCUGCGGGGGAAAUUUCCCUCCCUGCACCAUGGAUGAAUAUCGGUAGUAGUGCGCAGUGCGCCAUUCAGGGAUUGUACAAUCCAGGCCGGGUGCUGGCGUACCAGGGUCAUUUUGAGUUUGAUACUUUUGUCAACAGUGAGCUUAUGGUUGAGUUUGGACGGCGGGCGAAUUGGCCUGCUGGGGAUGUUGCUUCUUAUAUGGAGCAGAUUAAUCGGUCAUUUGUGCCUGGGAAAGAGGAUGAUGAUGACGCUAAGGCUGCUGCUGAGGCGGUUUUGCUUUUCUUUGUUGGUUCCGAUCGGGUCGUUAGUAAUGGGUUGAUGACGCCUCCACUGGUAUAG